AUGGAGGGAGACUUGCACGUAUAUUCCAAGAGAGAAUUGGAAGCAGACGAUGAUGAAGGGUUUAUACGAGUAUGCCAGCUAUUCGGGCUAAGUGUUCCUGCAGACAGCCUAAAUGACAGAGUGCUUGUGCAUUUACUCGAUGCAUGUUCAUCAAUAUGUGUAGAAAGGGGUCUUCAAGUGCCAUGCAGCACUGAAAACAAAAGAAAAAGAGAAGAAAAAGAGAAAGAAAGGGAACUCGCAAAAGAACAGCUAGCCUCAAAAGAGAAAGAAAGGGAUGCCCUAAGAAAAGCUGCCGCCAAUAUGGAAGAAGAUUUAGCCAGGUCUCAAGUGUGCUGGGAGGUAAUAGAAGUGGCGCGCGCAGUUGGUAUAAGUGUGAUGCGAGUAAGCGGUGGGAAAUGCCUUGAAGGCAACCGUGAGUGGGGUGUGGAUCUGCACAGCUAUUUCCUUCCGUUUGUGAAUAUGUCUGUAGAUGCAGUGAAUUUUGUGUACGGCCAGGUGUGUGUGCAAGGAGAAUGCGAGGUUCAGAGUGUAGGCAGGCUCAUGGCAUAUGUACAGAAGUGCAUUGAGCUGCGAAAUGUAUAUCUAAGGUACCGAACAUCAGAGCAUGACUUGGACUACAGAAUAACUUUGUUCUUGCUAGAACAAAAAAAGGAGAGUAUUGAAGGCCUAUGCAGCGUGGUAGAGAAGGAAAGAAAGGAUGUGAUAAAGAGCAUAUUCUACUUAUGCUCAAAAGGAAUUGCAGGAUAUACAAGGGAAACAGAUGAAGCAAUGCUUUUGUAA